GUUACGGCAAGCCGUGCCUCGCGCCGCUGCUGAUGCGCUUAAACUUGUUGCAUAACAACAACAACAGCAGCGUCUCACGAUGCUCAAAUGUCAAUAUAGUGUUUUAUUAAGGAGACGAAUCAGCAUUUAAACGCCAUCUUCCAGGAAAAGAUAUGGCAGAAAUGGCAGUGGGCUGAUGUGAGACUGUUUCACAUAAGUCGCUGAAGCACAAUAUUCUUCCCAAGGGACUGUAAAAGCAGGACGGAUUGGAUAUUCGUGCACAGUUGUGUCCCACUGUCCAUAGUGUUAAUUUGAUGGGUGUCUGUCCAUUGUUUCAGGCAUAAAUGAUUAGUUUUCCCUAAAUGCCCAUGAAGGCUGUGUUUCAGCGUAGGCUUCAGAAAUUGAGGCAUUUUAAAGGAGUCCAACAGUCUGUGUUUAGGUAAUUUUGUCAACUUUGAAUCAUCCGGUCUCCACGUUUUGGUCAAGAUGGAGUCCUACCUCUUCCCCUUCGACAGCCUGAUCUGUAUGCUCUUGGGCAUCUCCUUCACGGUGUGGUUCACCCUUCUUUUGGUGUUCAUCAUCGUACCUGCAAUCUUCGGUGUGUCCUUUGGGAUCCGCAGACUGUAUAUGAAGUCCCUUAUCAAGCUUUUUGAGUGGGCGACCUUAAGAAUGGAGCGAGGAGCCAAGGAGAAGAAUCAGCAUCUCUACAAACCCUACAGCAAUGGCAUCAUUGCCAAAGAGCCAGCGUCCCUCGAACAGGAGAUCCAGGAAAUGAGGCGUGGUGGUGCAGAGCCUGAGUUUGACAUGUCUGACAUCUUCUAUUUCUGCCGGCGAGGUGUGGAGAGCAUCGUCGAUGAUGAAGUGACCAAGCGCUUCACGGCGGAGGAGCUGGAGUCCUGGAACCUGCUGACCCGAAGCAACUACAACUUCCACCACAUCAGCACCAGGCUCACAGUGCUCUGGGGGGUGGGGGUGCUCAUCCGCUAUGGGUUUCUACUGCCUCUCAGGGUCACGCUUGCCUUCACCGGUGUUGGUCUUCUUGUGGUUCUGACGUCCAUUGUUGGCCUGUUUCCAAAUGGAAGAAUGAAGAAUUAUCUCAGUGACAAGGUUCAUCUGAUGUGUUACCGGAUCUGUGUAAGAGCCCUCACAGCCAUCAUCACCUACCAUGACAGUGAGAAUAAACCCAAAAACGGAGGAAUCUGUGUGGCCAAUCACACCUCACCCAUCGACGUCAUCAUUCUGGCCAGUGACGGAUGCUACGCUAUGGUAGGUCAGGUCCAUGGUGGUCUGAUGGGGGUCAUUCAGAGGGCGAUGGUGAAAGCCUGUCCUCAUAUCUGGUUUGAGAGGUCUGAGGUGAAGGACCGACACCUAGUGGCCAAACGAUUAAGUGACCACGUUGCAGACACAACCAAACUGCCAAUCCUCAUAUUCCCAGAGGGAACUUGUAUUAACAACACUUCAGUCAUGAUGUUCAAGAAGGGAAGCUUUGAGAUCGGCUGCACUGUUUACCCUGUGGCAAUAAAGUAUGACCCUCGUUUUGGUGACGCGUUCUGGAACAGCAGCAAGUUUGGGAUGGUGAACUACCUGCUGCACAUGAUGAGCAGUUGGGCCAUUGUCUGUAGCGUCUGGUACCUUCCACCAAUGAGCCGCAUGGAAGAGGAGGACGCUGUACAGUUUGCCAAUAGGGUCAAAGCAGCCAUCGCUAGAAAGGGAGGAUUGGCAGACUUGUUAUGGGAUGGCGGUUUGAAACGAGGGAAAGUCAAAGAAGUUUUCAAAGAGGAGCAGCAGAAACUUUAUAGCAAGGUUUUAGUGGGCAGCAGCGAAGACCGCAGUCGCUCUUGAAGGGAAUCAGUUGUUUGCUUGAAUUUACAAGUGCUGCUCGGCGCUCACAGCGAGAGCCUGAAACCUCAGCAGAUGCAGUGCGGCCCAAGACUGGCCCCUUCCUGAACCUGCUCAGACUGUAGAACUGAACUGAUGAAGUCAUUGUGAGUCGGUGGGAAAACUGUGUUGCCAGACCCUUGGCUCACUGCUGUGCCUCAGGAGCUUUUGCAUCAUUGCAUGAAAGUGUCUGUGGCAUUCAAUUCCUGGGCUGACUAUGAUUUCAGUUUCAGGAUGAUUCAUGAUUCAGGAGUGAGAGUUACACAAGGAAUACUUGAGUGAAUUUUUUUUUUUCCUUCACCGUCUGUUACAGUUUUGAAUAUUUGUGCUCUGUUACUAUAAUGCAUGAUGUCCCAGGAAAAGAGAGAGUGGAAGAGUUUGAAGUGAUUUAUUUAAGCUUGUUAAAAAAAAAAAAAAAAAUCAGAGGAAAAAGUGAAAGGAUGGUGUGCGUAGAACUUUAUUGUUGGUAGAACCAUGAAGAACAAUAUCUGUUAUGUGUUUAGCUGCUCAGCGUUCAUCUCCUCAUGGCAGCCUCUCUAGUCUGCUGUUUGUUCUUUUUUUUGUAAUAAAAUGUCUUUUUUUUUUUUUUUUUUUUUUUUUUCUCUUCUCUCUCCACAUUGUGACUUAAUAUCUGCUAUUUAAUGUGUACAUUCAAAACUUUCUUUCAAAUAUUUUUUGAAAACAUUAUUGAAAUGUUACUGCCUAGCCAUUUAGAAAAGUUUAGCACGCUUUUCUGACUUGUGAAUUUAUGAUUCGCUCUCCGAAGUCGCAAUCUGUAAUUGAUUUGCGAAUGAUUCAGAUAGGGACUUCAGAGUGCGUAUGGUGAAUCAUUUGAUCUAAAUCAGAACUUCAGAUUUAGAGUGUGGAUCGCGAAUCAUUUGGUUUACAUCGAAACGAUGGUUUGCAAAUCGUUUGAUUCAGAUUAGGACUUCAGAGUGAGAAUCAUUAAAUUUAGACUGAACUUCGGUGCGCGAAUCAUUUGAUUCAGAUUUGGGACUUCACAGUACAUAUAGUGAAUCAAUUGAUCUGGAUCAGAACUUCGCAGUGGGUUCGCAAAUAUUUUGAUUCAGACUGAAACUUCGGAGCGGAUUUGCAAAUCAUUUUACGAAAUGAAUGUUUUGCUAUCCACAAUCUAAAAUGAUGGUUCGCGAAUCAUUUAGUUCAGAUUGGGACUUUGGAGUGUGGAUCACGAAUCAUUUGACGUAGAUCAAAACUUCGGUGCGUGAAUCAUUUGAUUUAGGUCAACUUUGGUGCACAAAUCAUUUUAUCCAGAUUGGGACUUCGGAGUGUGGAUUGCAAAUCAUUGGAUUUAGAUUGAAAUGAUGGUUUGUGAAUCAGUGAUUCAAAACAGUACUUCAGAGUGGGUUCACAAAUCAUUUUGCAAAAUAAAUGAUUUGCUAUCCAAAGUCUGAAAUGAUGGUUCGCGAAUCAUUUAGUUCAGAUUGGGUCUUUGGAGUGUGGCUCACGAAUCAUUUGAUUUAGAUCAAAACUUCGGUGCGCAAAUCAUUUGGUUCAGAUUGGGACUUCAGAGUGCGUAUGGUGAAUGAUUUCAUUUAGAUCAACUUUGGUGCACAAAUCAUUUUGUCCAGAUUGGGACUUUAGAGUGCGGAUUGCAAAUCAUUGGAUUUAGAUCGAAAUGACGGUUUGUGAAUCAUUGAUUCAGAUCAGAACUUCGGAGUGUGGAUUGCAAAUAACUUGAUUUAGAUCGAAACUUUAGUGCAUGAAUCAUUUGAUUCAGAUCGGGGCUUCGGAGUGCGGAUCAUGAAUCAUUUUUUGAUUUAGAUCGGGACUUCUGAUUGCUGAUCGCAAAUCAUUUGAUUAAGAUUAAAACUUCUAUGUUAAAAUCAUUUUGUUCAGAUUGGGACUUCAGAGUGUGGAUCGAGAAUCAUUGGAUUUAAUUCAAAAUGAUGGUUCACGAAUCACUGAUUCAGAUCAGGACUUCGGAGUGUGGAUCGUGAAUCAUUUGAUUUAGAUUGAAACUUUCGGUGCGCAAAUCUUUUGAUUUAGAUUGAAAUUUCGGUGCGCGAAUCAUUUUGUUCAGAUUGGAAUUUUGAAAUGCAGAUCGCAAAUAAUUUGAUUUAGAUUGAAAUGAUGGUUUGUGGAUCAUUUGAUUCAGAUCAGACAUCGGAGUGUGGAUCGCGAAUCAUUUGAUUUAGAUCGAAACUUUAGUGCGCGAAUCAUUUUGUUGAGGUCAGGACUUUAGAGUGUCUAUUGCGCAUAAUUUAUUUCAAUCUAUUUUUUUAAUUUAUUUUUAUUAAAACAUUGUGACUUAAUCUACUUUUUAUUUGUACAUUCAAAACAUUCUUUCAAAAGUUUUUGAAAACAUUAUUAAAAUUUUAAUGCUUAACCAUU